AUGUCUGUGAUUAUCACGGGGUUUGACCCGUCCAACCUUGCCGAGUUUAUUGGCCGCGACCGUCGCUGUCUCAAGGCCCUGCAGGCUUCAUCAUGGCCAGAGGCACUCGACAUGUUCCCCAUGCGGGAACACUUCUUCCCAGAGAUUAGCCGCGGCAAGUGCAAGGAAUGCCCCAAGAACUACUGCACACACAUCUCCAGCCUGUACACCAGCACAUCUGGGGGUAAGACGCGGCGUGUGUCGACGCACGCCUUCUUCCGCGUGCAUCUUGGGCUGUGGUAUCCCAUCACGGACGACCUCCUUCACAACUCCUGGCGCCGCCUCAUCUCCUGCGAAUACGGCAUUCGCGGCAACGGACAGGGCAAAGGCCCGCCGGGCCCCAACGGGCUGGCGCCCAUCUGCAUCAACCCGCACCACUACCACGUGGACCCGGAGGACGAGCGCCUCUUCUUCGACCUCCUCGUCAAGGAGAGCUCCCGCGCAGGAUUCACCAUUGAGCACACUCCUUACGAGGCCGGCAUGUACUACAAGCUCUGCAUGGCCCUUGUUGACGCUUCCAACAAGUUUGUGCGGCCGUUGUGCGAGCAGGGCGACGACAACAUCGCAGCACUGUCAUCGACUAUUGGCUACGGGACGGCGAAUUUGCAGCACUCGCCGCCCCUUUCCGCCAACAGCAACCAGGAGCAAGUACAGUUCCAAGAACAGCAACAACUGCAGCAGCAGGGGCCUGUACACGAGUGGCACAAGGAGGAGGGCGAGUCUGUGCCGUCCCCGCCAUCAGCCGACGGUGGCGGAGAGCACGUGUCUGACAUUCUGCAGCGUCAGCAGAAAUACCAGCAGCUGCUGCUCCAGCAACAGCAACAACAACAGCAACAGCAACAGUAUCAGCAGCAGCAGCAGCCGUACCAGCCGCCUGCGCAGAGCGAGAGCCUGCGCGGGGUGGUGCAAGCGCCGGGGCAUGUGCUGUCGCUGAUGCGAGAGCAGGGGUCGCCCGCUGACAGCGCCACAGGCUCCGUGUACAGCGAGCAGAGCGCAGCCACAAACAGCUCAGCCGGCCAUCACAACCACCAUCACCACCAACACCACCAGCAACACCAGCAACACCAGCAACAACACCAGCAACAACACCAGCAGCAGCAACAGCAGCAACACCAGCAGCCUGCGCACCUGCUUGGCCAGACGGCACAUCUUGGCCGCAACGGUGGCUUCGUCAGCAGCGGUUUGCACGUCGACACCACCGCUGCGCCACCGCCAUCACUAUCAUCAUCAUCAUCAUCAUCGCCAUGGUCUGUGCAGCCAACCGCCAACGCCACCACCACCACCACAGCCACAACCACGGGUAUGGGCACGCCUGCGAGCGACGUGGCUGGUGAUGCUGGAGUACUGCACAUGCUGGAUCAGGACCUGUUUGAGCUUCCACCGCCCGGUGCGGAGGACGAUGGUGCCGCAACGCCGGAGCGAACAUCUCCGCCACAUGCACACGAUCAGCAGCAACAACAACAACAACAACAACAACAACAACAACAACAACAACAACAACAACAACAACAACAAUAUCAGCAGCAACAACAACAAUAUCAGCAGCAACAACAACAAUAUCAGCAGCAACAACAACAAUAUCAGCAGCAAGAAGAAGGAGUUGGCGUGAUGCAAUCAGGGUAUGACGUUGCGCAAUCGAUGCGGGGCGGCGUGCGCUUCCUGGGACAGGAAGACAACAGCUCUGCAAGCGCUAGCAUGGAGCCGCCAGACUUUGGCGCUGACACGCUGUUCAACGAGGGUUAUGGCAGCGGCUACGAUGCUGACGCUUCCAACGUGAUGACGACUGCAGCAGACGAUGACUCGGGAGCACAGGCCACGACAUCCACGGCCAUGCUGGAGGGCGGCGACGAUGGCGAUGGCAGCGAGCGCAGUUGGCGGCAGGGGCGGCGGUUGCAACGCACCCCGCGCGUGUCCCAGACGCUGUACCACAACACCGGAUUCACCCUCGAGGAGUCCACUCCAACACACAUCCUCGCAUCCUUCACUGAGCAUUCUGGCAUGACCCUCUUCUCCAACACAACCGCGCAGUCGCCGAACGAGAGCGGCGCUGGGAUUGUGCUGUUGCCGCGAUCCAUGGACACAGAGGACGACAACUUCACGGCGUACGGGCUAAUGAACCGGGAAGUGGCUGCGUUGUCCGGCAAUGCGAGUGCGCUCUUCCCAGACGAUCUGCAGUGUGAAGACUUUUUCUGGGGACACUGUCCUUCCUGUCACCUCCCACAGGCCAUUGCAAAAACACAGGUUGAGCAGCUGUGCUUCCAGUGCAACAUGCCGCUGCCGGCACCGCGGCCGGGCGCCGACAUUGCCUAUCUCUUCCCCAAGAUCUGCGCAUACGAGCGGUUUGAGGAAGGUGUGGUCGUUGGGCUGUUUGCGGCUGCGGGCGGCGGUCUGGCUGUGGAGCGGAUUCGCCACGAUAAUGUCGCCGACGCCGUCGUGUGCGGCGUCAUCACCCGCUCAGCACACACCAUUGCAAAUGCAAACAACGCGAAAGUGCGCAACACCUUUGACGUGGAAACGGUCUGCAUGUAUGGCAUCGUGCAUGUGCUUGUCGGCGGUCCGGUGAAGACGGGCGAUUUGCUGUACACGGGGCCGUACGAUAACGAUGACGACGUGACUGACGAGGACGAUGGCUCUGUCACGUCCACGCCGCUCUCCCACGCCACGUCCGGUGCAGCUGUGGGCGAGAUGCCUGCAGGCAACAGCCGCUCGCCACCGGCGCUGUCGUCGUCGUCGGCCACGCCCUCGCUCGUGAACGGCGGUGGCCGUCCCGACACGGACACAAACACACACACGCAGACGGCAGCACGCACAAAGCAGCCCGUCCUGACACGCAGCGGACACGACGAGGUGGUGUGCAGCAGCGACAACGACGAUGAUGACAGCGAAGAUGAUGACAACGACGGCGAUGUUGGUGGAGGCUCCGCUCGGGAUGAACUGAAACGGCGCCAGCUGGAACGGGUUGCCGGCCACCGGUUUGAUGGCGGGCGCGGCAGCGGCGAGUAUGACAACGUGACCACCCAAGGCACGACAUUCGUGCUUGCAAGCAGCCCAACCUCGCCUCGCUACCAGCAAACACAGCAAGCAGACACGCAGCACCAGCUGACGCAGAAGGAGGCGGUGUCAUCGGACACUGGGGCGCCGCCGUCAGCGUUUGGAUACGAGGAGAUAGCCGUGGCCGAUGUUGCAGCUGACAGCAACAGCAACAGCAACAACACCAACACCGACACCGGCACCAACACCGGCACCAACCGGGAGGAUGCUGCCACCAAGCCGUCCUCAUCCUCACCGCCAUCGUCGAUGUCCGCGUCCACAUCCGCCCCCUCCACCUCCCCGGCGCCGCUGGCACCCCAGCAUGGCAGGGUGUCGACCCAGCAGCAAGCAGCCAACCGCAGCAGCACCCCCGGCAACGACGCCGAUGUUGCUGAUGGUGGUGUUGGAAGUGGCGUUGGUGAUGGCGUGUCACCUCGCAAGCGGGGCGUGUUGACGUCGCUGUCGUCAGCGGAUGCAUGGCCCGCAGGUGUUGCCCAGGCCAUGCGCACCUCGCCGUGGUCCAAACAGAUUCUGCUGGGCAUUGCGCUGGAUGGCGGGGAAGGCAGCGAGGUUGAGGUGCGGGAUGGGGUGGAGGUGCGACGUGUGCGGGCGCUCAUCUCCCUCAACAACAACGUCACCGACGCCGCCAUCAAGCAGCAGAUUGACGACCUCAACUCGCAACUCAAGCAGCGCGUGGACGGCAUUGUGCGCACACAGGAGAAUAUCCUACAGCGCCUCAAGAAGGUUGAGCGGGCACAGCAGGUGCGCCAUCCAUCGCUUCAUCGUCAUCCCUCCGUCACAAGUUCCAACUCUGUGCGCGUGAUACCGUCGACGGGCGGGCUGCUGCUCCAUGCGCAGCCGGCGCGCAAACUGGCGCGGCUGCGGCUGUUCCGCAAGCCAACACUCCGCGACCUGCCGGCCAUGUGGUGCUUCAUCGUCUCCCUUUCAUCGCAACGCAUGCUUCGCUUCAUGCCAGAGACAACGCGGGUGACAUUCACUGGACAGUACGGGACAUACACGCGUGUUGUUCUUCUCUGCGGCAGCGACCAGCGCGUGGCCAUCGUCAAACCAUUCCAGGGGGCGCGUGCGCUGACGCUGGACGCGAGCGGGCAGCCGCGGUUUGUGCGCGUGGCGUCGCUGGAGGACCUGCCGUGGUUCUCCAUCCAGGAAGUCGCGACCAACUACUUCUCGUUCACGCGCGGCGGACGGCACCUGGCUGUUUCUGCCAGCGGGCGGCCGUACCCGAACUACAGGCGAAAGUCCACAUUCGACAAGCGCGCCUGCUUCGAGAUUCGCCAGGACGUAGCCUCACAUCAGUCAACUACAAAGCGGCACAUGCUCGUGUCGCGGUUUGAUGACGUUGAGCACCACCUGCGCCCCGGCCGCCACCUGCACCUCACCCGCAGCGAGAAGCAGCGCGUCCUCAACCUCAAUGCCUUUGCAGACAAGCGCGUGUGUCUGUGCCGCCUGUAUGCCCAGACCACGCAGGAGGCCGUGCGCGUCUUUGGCGGCAAGGUGGAUUGCAAAGGCCACGGGCUGCAGUCACUUCUCGCAUUCGAAGUCAUCAGCCGCCCUCUUGUCAGACUGCUGCACGCCGACGGGUACAUUGGCCUGAAGGACGGUCUCCCUGUCUUCACCACCGCCACGGACGCAUCAACCGCCUUUGAAUGGAUCUCGACAGAAGAUGGUGUUGCGCUGCGGUGCGGACAGCACUACCUCUGCUUUGAUGAGGACGGCAACCCACGCGUCUCCACCACCAUCACGCCUGCUUGCAUCUUCGUGGCGGACAUUGGAGAGCAGCUGGCACACCAUGCGAAGACGGAUGCCGACGAGUCUGAUGCGUCGAUACUCUCUGACGUGGACGAGGCAAGCAGCGGCGAUAUCACAGACACCGACCACUAUGACACGGACGGCGACGGUGCGUUUGAGGAAGUGCUCACCGCUGCCAACGGCGCAACCGCCAGCAAGCGGAACGAGCGCGCGAACAACAGCAACAACAGCCGCGACAAGAGCAUCCCCAACGCCAGCACCAACACCAACGCCACCAAUGACGACGACGACGACGACGACGAUAAUGCUGGUACCGACAGCGGCGUUGACCGCCCGUCCCGGGCACGGAGACGAAAGCGGCGGGGAAUGAGCCCUCUUCGCCGCGAACACACAAUCGCAGGCACCCCCGACGAGCUGAGGGAGCUGGACGACGUGGUUGAUGUCGACUUGCACGGCGACGCCGACGGCAGCGGCAGCAGCGGUGGUCGGCGUAGUCGACGGCGAAGCAGCAACAGCAGCAACAGCGGCGGCGGUGGUGGUGGUGGGAAGACGGCGAGGCGAAGCCAAACAGCGGGCGCGUUGUCAAGUGUUAUGAGCGGCAGCAGCAGCAGCGCGACUGGUGCUGUUGAUGCAGGGACUGUUGGCGAUGAGCGUAGUGGGGGCGCUGGUGUGUUGGCGAGAGAAGAACAACAGCAACGUAAACAAUCAAAGCCGCACCGCCGUGCUCGUGGUCGCGGUGGUGAUGAUGGUGAUGGUGAUGGUGAUGAUGACAGUGAAGGCGAUAUUGACAGUGAUGGUGGCGAUGAUGAAGGCCGAAGAGUUGAAGUGCAAGGCAAUGCAACUACGGACUUCACCAUGGUGCCAACACCAUCAUCGUCGUCGUCGUUGUUGUCGUCAUCAUCAUCGCACCAGCAGUGCGACCGCAUUGCGCUGUGCUUCGUGCACGCCAGCCGCCCUGUCGUCGUUCAGUGCGAGACAGCAAACUUUGCCAUCAAAAUUGGCCGCUCCAAGCCGCUGUGUGUGUAUGUUGCCCGCAGCAGCCAUCCCGUUCCCAGCGACGAGCUUCCCUUUGAGUUCUUCGCAUGUGUGCACACGCACGCGCGCAGCGACAGCGGCAACCACAGCAGCCGUGACGGCCGUGAUCACCGUGGUGGCAGUCGUGGCGGCAGUCGCGACGACGUGAAUUAUGAUGGUGGUGAGGAUGAGAGCCGGCAGCCCUGGCAACCAUGGUUGGAUACGAGCAGCCUGACGGUGUGGGGAUACAACAGCGCGGAGGACGAACUACAGCGCAUUAGCCAUGCUGUUCUCCUUCAGGACGCGUCAGAGCAGCAGGCAGAGCAGGGAGCCACCACCACCGCCGCCGCCGCCACACAUGCAACCAUACAGCACCGGGAUUCGCAAAUCUUCCUCGUGUAG